AUGUCGCGUACACCUGUGGUCUUCCUCACUGGAGCGUCCAAAGGGAUAGGACUCGCAAUCACCAAGAUUUUGCUCGAGGAAUUUCAGGCAAACGUUGCUACUCUCCAGCGAUCCGAGACUCCCGAACUCCUGGAGCUCGCCAAGACAUACAACCAUUCGCUUCUGAUCUUUCAGGGCAGCGUAAUAGACGCAUCUGCUGUGUCCAAUGCAGUUGAUCUCACAUUGAAGAGGUUCAGCCAUCUGGAUGGGCUCAUUCUCAAUGCGGGAACUUUGACCCCCAUGGGGAAGAUUUCUGACCCUUCAAUCCCCUUGGACGGAUGGAAGGAAUUGUUUGACGUCAAUUUCUUCUCCCUGGUAACCACUCUCCGAGUCACACUGCCUGUGUUGCGCAAGAGUGAGUUAGGAGGUAGAGUGGUCUUCGUAAGCUCUAGUGCUGCGACUGGCAACGUGGCUGGCUGGGGUCCGUAUAACACGAGCAAGGCGGCGAUGAACAGUUUAUGCAGGACUCUUGCACAGGAAGAGCCAGACGUCGUUUGCGUUGCACUUCGACCAGGUGCGGUCGAUACAGAAAUGCAAGCAGUCGUGAGAGGGCAGGGCGAAGCCCACAUGAAGGAAGAUGAUUACAAAAAAUUCAUUGAUCGUCACGCUGAGAAUACGUUGGUGAAACCCGAAGAAUCUGGAUAUGUCGCUGCUGCGCUGUCGCUCGGGGCACCUCAGUCUCUCAGUGGUCAGUUCGUCAGCUGGGAUUCGGAGGUGUGCGCGCAGUUUUUCAAGUAG